UAAAGUGAACAUGUAAUUAGGAGUCUGAGUUACUCUGUUAUUUACAUGUUUGUGUGGGUCGGAGUUACCCAUAUAUUUUUUGAUUAAUGUAACAUGUAAUUAGGAGUCAGAGUUACUCUGUUAUUUACAUGUUUGUGUGGGUCGGAGUUACCCAUAUAUUUUUUGAUUAAUGUAACAUGUAAUUAGGAGUCAGAGUUACUCUGUUAUUUACAUGUUUGUGUGGGUCGGAGUUACCCAUAUAUUUUUUGAUUAAUGUAACAUGUAAUUAGGAGUCAGAGUUACUCUGUUAUUUACAUGUUUGUGUGGGUCGGAGUUACCCAUAUAAUUUUUGAUUAAUGUAACAUGUAAUUAGGAGUCUGAGUUACUCUGUUAUUUACAUGUUUAGUGUGGGUUAGAGUUACCCAGAUAUUUUGGGGUCAGAUUUCUUUACAUAAUUUUAUUUAGUUUAAUUUGAAUAUGUAAUAGGAGUCAAAGUUACUCUGUUAUUUACAUAGUUUUGGUUAUAGGAGUUAUUCAAUACAGGGAUUUUGUGGGGAGUUAAACUAUAGACAUUUGGUAAAUGAUUUUCAUCAUGUAAUAGAGUACAGCUGUUAGCUAGGUACUCAGAUGUCGUCAAUUAGACUCUCUGUAAUUGUGCCAUAAUGUGUCUAACCUGUUUUGGAUAACUAUUUUGUCUUUGCUUAGGAAUCAGUAUUCCCCACUCUAUUUAAAAAAUUGCAAGUUCACAAUCUCACAGCUGGCAUUCAUAUACUUGAAAUAUGUAUUGCCAUUAUCAUUGUGAGAUGAAACUAAAUCUGUAGAGUUUUGUUUUUUAAUAAUAUUCUCUUCUUCAGAAGCAAUGCCACCAAAGAAAAGAAGCAAAAAAGGGGAACUCGCAGCAGAUGAGCAGUCCAGUUCCUCCAGCACAGGGAGAAAGCGAAAGCGAGUGACUCCUACUCAACAGACAGAGACUGUGAUGCAGAGUGCUCUGCCAACCAUUGACUACACACUACUGGCAAAACACAUAUUAACUGAACAACAGAAAUUAACAUCCAGUGAGGGGAAUGGACUUGCUGAGGCAACCGCGAGCCAACAUGGGGAAGCAUCCCCAUCAGUUAUCCAAAACAAGGAGCCACAGUCCAGCAGUGAGCUAGUUAACCCUGCAGCAACUACGAGUGUUACAGAUGGUACCCCACAAGCUAGUGCCAUGGUCCCAGCCUCUGCACUUGGUGCACUUCUGGACAAUGUUUUUACAGAAAGCACGGCAGGUAGCACCAUACUUAGAACAACAGGCAACUGUCAUUCCGGCACACCUAUUACAGAUUUGACCUCUUCAACUCGUUCAGUCCUUGUGGCAGCUUUAUCACCCCCUGCACGAUAUGCUUAUAGACAUUCGUGGCAACUUUUCCUCAAUUACAGAAAAGAUCCAGUAUCUCUACCAUUGCCUAUUACAGACAUAUGUAACUUCAUUGGUUUUCUUUUUGAGAAACAAUACAGUUCUAGCAGCAUUGCCUCACAUAUAUCGGCAUUAGGUUAUGUUCACAAAAUUCUCAAUUUGCCAGAUCCAACUCAAACUUUUAUUGUGCGCAAACUACUGAAAGGUUGUCACAAGCUACUACCCACUCGGGAUGCUAGAUUGCCAAUAACAAAAAAUAUCAUGCACAAAAUUUUGGCUGCACUAGUCUUUACUGUUCCACAAGCUUUAAAUCAGGUUCUUUUGCAAGCCCUUUUCCUUUUAUGUUUUAAUGCAUUUCUGCGUUUAGGGGAAGUUAUCUCAAAAACUCUAGCAGAUAAGGACAAAGUUCUGCAAAUACAAGACAUUAUUUUCAGUGGAGAAAAAUGCAGUCCUUCAGCAGUUCAAAUUGUUCUUAGGCACCAUAAAUCUCAACAGAAAAAUGAGCCCAUCAUAAUAUCUAUUCAAGCCAACCCUAGUUCACAAUUUUGUCCAGUGCAUAAUCUUUAUAAGUAUAAAUCAUUAUUUCCACAUGUGUCAGGCCCCUUCUUCCAGUUUGUCAAUGGUACUCCAGUCACAUAUUCUUAUGUCAGUAGUGAACUUUCAAAAACAAUAGCAUUUGCAGGUCUGGAUCCCAAACGUUAUAAGGGGCACAGUUUUCGUAUAGGUGCAGCAACGCAUGCUGCACAGUUAGGGUAUUCUGAGACUUUCAUUCAACAUUUAGGCAGAUGGAACUCGAAUGUUUUGCACAGAUAUAUUAGAAUUAAAUCGUUUCAGUUGUAAUAAAAUAUAGGAUUCCCUCCUCCCUCCCCCCCCCCUUU